GAUCGCGACCUGCAAGUUCUGGCCCAAGCGAGCUGGUCCAGUGUCUGAGACUAGAAGCAGCUGUGGCGAUGUUGCGGUGUGGCUCCCGGCGUCUUGGCUGUCUGCGCGCCGCUCUCCGGUCCCAGGCUCACCACCGGAGCGUCACUUUCUGCAUCGAUCCUUCCUUGGGACUAAAUGAAGAACAGAAAGAAUUUCAGAAAGUGGCCUUUGACUUUGCUGCUCGGGAAAUGGCUCCCAAUAUGGCGGAGUGGGAUCAGAAGGAGCUGUUCCCUGUGGAUGUGAUGCGGAAGGCAGCGCAGCUGGGUUUUGGGGGGAUCUACGUACGAACAGACGUGGGUGGGUCUGGACUGUCUCGCCUCGAUACUUCUGUCAUCUUCGAAGCCUUGGCCACGGGCUGCACCAGCACCACGGCCUAUAUAAGCAUCCACAACAUGUGUGCCUGGAUGAUUGAUAGCUUUGGAAAUGAGGAACAGAGGCACAAAUUUUGUCCACCGCUCUGUACCAUGGAGAAGUUUGCUUCCUACUGCCUCACUGAACCAGGAAGUGGGAGUGAUGCUGCCUCUCUUCUGACCUCAGCCAAACGGCAAGGAGAUCACUACGUCCUCAAUGGUUCCAAGGCCUUCAUCAGUGGGGGUGGUGAGUCAGACAUCUAUGUGGUCAUGUGCCGAACUGGAGGAUCGGGCCCCAAAGGCAUCUCCUGCAUAGUUGUUGAGAAGGGAACCCCUGGCCUUAGCUUUGGCAAGAAGGAGAAGAAGGUGGGGUGGAACUCCCAGCCAACCCGAGCAGUGAUCUUUGAAGACUGUGCUGUCCCUGUGGCCAACAGGAUUGGAAGCGAGGGGCAGGGCUUUCUCAUCGCCAUGAAAGGACUGAACGGCGGGAGGAUCAAUGUUGCAUCCUGCUCUCUUGGGGCUGCUCAUGCUUCAGUUAUCCUUACCCAAGAGCACCUCAAGGUCCGGAAGCAGUUUGGAGCACCUCUAGCCAGAAGCCAAUACCUGCAGUUCCAGUUAGCGGACAUGGCCACCAGGCUGGUUGCCUCCCGGCUGAUGAUCCGUACUGCCGCAGUGGCUUUGCAGGAGGAGCGGGAAGAUGCAGUGGCCCUGUGCUCCAUGGCCAAGCUUUUUGCUACAGAGGAGUGCUUCACUAUCUGCAACCAGGCUUUGCAGAUGCAUGGGGGCUAUGGCUACCUGAAGGAUUAUGCUGUUCAGCAGUAUAUGCGGGACUCCAGGGUCCACCAGAUCCUAGAAGGUAGCAAUGAGGUGAUGAGGAUGCUGAUCUCUCGAAGCCUGCUUCAGGACUAGCUCCUAAACUGCCGAGUCUGGCCUGGAGUUCAUGGGCAGCUGCAAUCAGUGUGGAGUACUGAGAUAGGUUGUUCAGUUGCAAGUGGAUCCUGGAGUAGAUUGAAGGGCUGCGCUCUUCUGAUAGAGAACUUUUGUGGUCAGCAGUGUGCUGGCUCUGAGAUAGGAACAGGAUUCUCAGUAGAGCUGGAAGGGCCCUGAGGAGCCAUGCCAGAAGACUUGCUCUCUUGCUGUCCUCAUUCUGGAAAGACAAGCAGUCAACACUGUGGCUUGGAUUCACACGAUGUGCGUUUCGUUGAUUCUUGUCCUAGGGUCUGGGUCCCUCAAUGAAGCUUUUCCUGAUUGCAGAGGCAGAGUGUGGGGAGGCAAGUGGACAGCCUGUCUCUCUCUGCUCUCUGUUCUGCACUGGCAGAGUCUCAGGACAGCACUCCUGAACUCAGAUCAUGAUGAAGUAAAUAUUUGGGAAUCUACUGCUAAGCUAUGAAUCAGGGUGCAUCUUUACUCUCCCCACCACAUAAUAAAUGUCAAGGGCUAAGAUUA